CUCAAUGUGAGGGGAGCGCCCGGACACAGCGCGCAUCCGGACCCAGCCGAGCCGGGGCGAGGCCCCGGGACUCUCACCGAGCUCUCACGCCCCUCCCCUCCUAGACCCCAGACUCGUGGGUCCCCACCCCCCUCCCGCUCCCUCCUUCCUCCCCCGCCACCUCCCGUCUCUCCAUCCCCAGCGUCCUCCCAGCGCCCCUGCGAAUCCUCCCCACGGCCAGCCUCGCUAGCUUCCCACCCUCCUCAGGACCCCCUCUCCGAUCGCAUCCGCGCCCCCGUCCCUUGAGUCCCGGUUACCCACCCCUGCCUCUCCCGCACCGGUUCUUCUCCCCUGGUCUCCGGUCCCCUUUUCUGCCUCUCUUCCUCUGUCUCCCUCAUUUGCCCCCCACUACUAUCCUCCCCGCCCUCCUCCGCCCAUCUCGGCGCCCCCACCCAGGCCGGGGUGCACGGUCCGGCGCGCCUCCCUGGAGCAGCACCAAGGUCCCGGGGCUCCAAGGGGGUGGGGGCGCAGGGUGGGGAGCAUGGGGAGGGGGCGCCCCAUGUGAUGGGAGGGGGGCGCAAGCGAAGGCGGCGGAGGCGGCGGCGACAGCGGAGCCGGGCCGGAGGCUCAGGGGGGUCCGGGGGCUGGGGGCAGCGAGCAGGGCGGUUCCAUGGCCGGGCCCCCCUGAGGCAGUCCGGGGGAGUCCCCUCCCCUCCCCAGCUCGGGGCUCUCCGGGCCCCAUGAGCCGGGGCGCGGGCGCGCUUCAGCGCCGGACAACGACCUACCUCAUCUCGCUGACCCUGGUCAAGCUCGAGUCGGUCCCUCCGCCGCCACCUUCUCCGUCUGCAGUCGCGGCCGGCGCCCCCGGGGCCAGAGGCACUGAGCCCGGCGACCCGGGCAGUCCCCGCGGCGCGGAGGAGCCAGGCAAGAAGCGGCACGAGCGCCUCUUUCACCGGCAGGAUGCGCUGUGGAUCAGCACUAGCAGCGCGGGCACGGGGGGCGCGGAGCCCCCGGCCCUGUCCCCAGCUCCGGCCAGCCCAGCCCGCCCCGUGUCCCCGGCUCCAGGCCGCCGCCUGUCCCUCUGGGCCGCCCCUCCCGGAGCCUCGCUCUCCGGGGGGCUGAGCCCGGACCCCAAGCCUGGGGGCGCCCCCAUCUCCUCUCGGCGCCCUCUACUCAGCAGCCCCAGCUGGGGGGGCCCAGAGCCCGAAGGCCGGCUAGGCGGCGGUGUCCCCGGCUCGUCCUCUCCGCACCCCGGCACCGGGAGCCGCAGGCUCAAGGUGGCGCCUCCGCCGCCGGCUCCCAAGCCUUGCAAGACCGUGACCACGAGUGGAACCAAAGCCGGAGUAGGCAAGGGCGCCGGCAGCCGCCUGUCAUGGCCCGAAAGCGAGGGCAAGCCCAGGGUCAAGGGGUCGAAGAGCAGCGCUGGAACUGGAGCUUCUGUCACCGUGGCCGUCACCGCCGGGGGAGGGGGCGCUGCAGCCACGACCUCUGGUGGGGUCGGGGCUGGGGCUGGAGCCCGAGGGAAGCUGUCCCCUCGGAAAGGCAAGAGUAAGACCUUGGACAACAGUGACUUGCACCCAGGACCGCCUGCAGGUUCUCCUCCUCCGCUAACCAUCCCAGCAACCCCAACUCCAGCCGCUGUUGCUGCAGCCGCCUCCACGCAGCCCCCUGGUCCUGCACCUCCAAUCACCCUGGAACCUCCAGCUCCGGGGCUGAAACGGGGCCGGGAGGGGGGCCGAGCAUCCACUCGUGACCGCAAGAUGCUCAAGUUUAUCAGCGGUAUCUUCACCAAGAGCACAGGGGGGCCGCCCGGCUCCGGGCCCCCUCCCGGACCCCCAGGCCUGUCUUCUGGCAGCGGGUCCAGGGAGCUGCUGGGCGCUGAGCUCCGUGCCUCCCCUAAGGCUGUGGUCAAUAGCCAGGAGUGGACUUUGAGUCGCUCCAUUCCUGAACUGCGCCUGGGUGUUCUGGGUGACACCAGGAGUGGAAAGUCAUCGCUUAUCCACCGAUUCCUGACUGGCUCAUACCAGGUGCUGGAGAAGACUGAGAGUGAGCAGUACAAGAAAGAGAUGUUGGUGGAUGGGCAGACUCAUCUGGUGCUGAUCCGAGAGGAAGCUGGAGCCCCUGAUGCCAAGUUCUCAGGCUGGGCAGAUGCAGUGAUCUUUGUCUUCAGCCUGGAGGAUGAGAACAGUUUCCAGGCUGUGAGCCGACUCCAUGGACAGCUGAGCUCUCUUCGUGGGGAGGGGCGAGGAGGCCUGGCCUUGGCACUGGUGGGGACACAAGACAGGAUCAGUGCUUCCUCCCCUCGGGUGGUGGGUGAUGCUCGUGCCAGGGCUCUGUGUGCAGACAUGAAGCGCUGUAGCUACUACGAGACUUGUGCAACUUAUGGGCUCAAUGUGGAUCGGGUCUUCCAGGAGGUGGCCCAGAAGGUGGUGACCUUGCGCAAACAGCAACAGCUUCUGGCUGCCUGCAAGUCCCUGCCCAGCUCUCCAAGCCAUUCAGCUGCAUCCACCCCUGUAGCUGGGCAGGCUAGUAAUGGGGGCCACACUAGUGACUACUCUUCUUCCCUUCCGUCCUCCCCCAAUGUUGGGCACCGGGAACUCCGAGCUGAAGCGGCUGCAGUGGCUGGAUUGAGCACCCCAGGAUCCCUGCACCGGGCAGCCAAACGAAGGACCAGCCUCUUUGCGAAUCGUCGGGGUAGUGACUCUGAGAAGCGAAGCUUGGACAGCCGGGGAGAGACAACGGGGAGUGGGCGAGCCAUCCCUAUUAAACAGAGCUUCCUACUAAAGCGCAGUGGCAAUUCCUUAAACAAAGAGUGGAAGAAGAAAUAUGUGACCCUGUCCAGUAAUGGCUUCCUACUGUACCACCCCAGCAUUAAUGAUUACAUCCACAGCACCCACGGCAAGGAGAUGGACUUGCUACGAACAACAGUCAAAGUCCCAGGCAAGAGGCCCCCGAGGGCCAUCUCAGCCUUUGGCCCUUCAGCCAGCAUCAAUGGGCUGGUGAAGGACAUGAGCAGUGUCCAGAUGGGCGAAGGCCCUGAAGCCACUAUUCCCACACCAAGCCCCAGCCCCAGCCCCAGCUCCCUGCAGCCGCCACCAGACCAGACAUCAAAGCACCUGCUGAAGCCAGACAGGAAUCUGGCCCGAGCCCUCAGCACUGACUGUACCCCAUCUGGAGACCUGAGCCCUCUGAGUCGGGAACCCCCUCCUUCUCCCAUGGUGAAGAAGCAGAGGAGGAAAAAACUGACGACGCCAUCCAAGACUGAGGGUGCUGCUGUGCAGGCCGAAGAGGAAAACUUUGAGUUCCUGAUCGUAUCCAGCACUGGUCAGACAUGGCACUUUGAGGCAGCCAGCUUCGAAGAGCGGGACGCGUGGGUCCAAGCCAUCGAGAGUCAGAUCCUGGCCAGUCUGCAGUGCUGUGAGAGCAGCAAGGUCAAGCUGCGGUCAGACAGCCAGAGUGAAGCCGUGGCCAUCCAGGCGAUCCGGAACGCCAAGGGAAACUCCAUCUGUGUGGACUGCGGGGCCCCAAACCCAACGUGGGCCAGCCUGAACCUGGGCGCACUCAUCUGCAUCGAGUGCUCGGGCAUUCACCGGAACCUGGGCACACACCUGUCCCGCGUUCGCUCGCUCGACUUGGACGACUGGCCGCGGGAGCUGACCCUGGUGCUGACGGCCAUCGGCAACGACAUGGCCAACCGCGUGUGGGAGAGCGACACUCGGGGCCGCGCCAAGCCCACGAAGGACUCUUCGAGGGAGGAACGGGAGUCGUGGAUUCGUGCCAAGUACGAGCAGCUGCUGUUCCUGGCGCCACUGGGCACGACGGAGGAGCCCUGGGGUCGCCAGCUGUGGGCCGCUGUGCAGGCCCAGGACGUGGCCGCUGUGCUCCUGCUCCUGGCUCAUGCGCGACACGGGCCGCUGGACACUGGCGGGGAGGACCCGCAGCUCCGUUCCCCGCUCCACCUGGCGGCCGAGUUGGCCCACGUUGUCAUCACGCAGCUGCUGCUGUGGUACGGAGCGGACGUGGCAGCCCGCGACGCUCAGGGCCACACGGCGCUUUUCUACGCACGCCAGGCUGGCAGCCAGCUGUGUGCGGACAUCCUCCUCCAGCACGGCUGCCCCGGAGAGGGAGGCAGCGCGGCCACCACUCCCAGCGCGGCCACCACGCCCAGUAUCACCGCCACGCCCAGCCCCCGCCGCCGGAGCAGCGCCGCCAGCGUGGGUCGCGCAGACGCCCCGCUCGCGCUGGUAUAGUUGCCCAGCAGCGGGGAAGAAACCCCCACCCCUGUGCGGCCCGGGCACGACCCCACCAGGCGGACCGCCGGACAGAUGCACCCACUCACCUCUCCGACGCGCACUCCACCCCACGGGAGCACUUCCUACCCCCACGCGAGCACAGCCCCCCACGCCUCCCCGAAGACACAAACUCACCUCCUCCCCAACGAGGCAUGGAGACCCCAGCUCGACACGCCCCCCUCCACUGUUUGCACACUCGGAUCGCUCUGGGUGUGCGUGCCGGGUGUUUAUAGAAGGGAAGCCCCCACCGCGGUCCUGGGCGCCUGAACUCGCCCACUCGCGCGCGCCCCUACAGGCUGGAGAGACCUAGUCCUGCCCUACACUCGACAGCCUACGGCGGGAUUCCAAACCCAGGCUGGCUCCUGGGGCGACGCCACGCCAGAGGGAGGGGUUGGUACGUGGAGGGCUAGCCCUGGGACUUGGGGCCAAUAGGGGACUCCCACACCUUCCAUGCUGAUCUCACUGCCCUGUGAAGGGGUGCACAGCGAGGGGCAGGACCCCUGCUGCCCAUGGAGGUGGGGGCGUCCCUAACCCUUUCCGUGAAAGGGACCAAGAGUAGUGGAAAUCAGGAUGUUCCCCUACACCUACCCAUGGAUGGAAGCUAAAGGACCAUGGGGAGCCAAGAGCCUGUGUCCCUCUUCUACAAUCUUGGGAGGGAGAAUGGAUGGAGCAGAAGCAGGCUAAAGGGGUUGGGAAAGGGCCUUGUAAUUUAUUGCUUUGUUCCCCGACACGGGGUUGGGGUGGGCAGGGGUGUGGGGGGGUGUUUUGGGAUGGGGAAGCCAAGGGUGGGCAGGGGUGGGGCGGGCGGGGGUGCUCUCGGGUUGUGUCUGUGCCUGUGACUGCGUACCUGUGACUGUGCAGCGCCCGUGGUGAUCUGGGGUAAGGGGGCUCCUACAACGGGACCCCACCCCCAUUAUUUCUUUCUGUCCAGCCCCUCCCUCCCUCUGGAGCAGCUCCAGACCCUUCCUGCAACCUCAUGCUCCCUCCUAGCCAGGGCUGAGAGGGUGUGCAGUGGCUGUGUUUUCCAGGUCCCCUGUGCUCCCAAAGAGGGUGCUGGGGUGGACUGACCUGGUCCAGCUGUGCCUCCCUCAAGCAACCCAGCCCUUGGACCGUUUGUGUCAGUGGUUUCUGGUCUUUUUUUUUUUUUUUUUCUGGCUAAAGUAUUUUGCAAAAGACCAGGUAAUUGGGAGGGAAGUAGGGUGGGGGCAGAGGGGAUGCCCCCCUCAUUUCCUCAGAGGCAGGUGGUGUGAAUCUUCAACAGCAAUUAAAGAGGAAGUGAUUUUUGUCUA